AUUGUUUUGGCAUUUUCCUGCAUUAUAAUUGCUUCUAAGGAGCCAUUUAUUGAACCGGUAACCUGUUGUUUGAAUGUGGUGUUCUUCUUCUUCAUCAUGAAGGUGUCUGUGCUAAAUACAGUGGAUACCUCACACGAGGAUAUGAUCCAUGAUGCACAAAUGGAUUAUUAUGGCAAGAAGCUGGCAACAUGCUCAUCUGACCGGACAGUUAGGAUUUUCGAGAUCAGUGGGACAAAUCAAACUCUAGUAGCCACUUUGAGAGGACAUGAAGGACCAGUGUGGUCAGUGAGUUGGGCACAUCCUAAGUUUGGAAAUCUCUUGGCUUCAUGUUCAUAUGAUAGAAAGGUUAUUUUAUGGAAAGAAACAAGUAAUGGUUGGACAAAGCUUCAAGAAUUUUGUAAUCAUGAUUCGUCAGUAAAUGCUAUAUCCUGGGCUUCUCCAGACUAUGGUUUGAUGCUAGCUUGUGGGUCAUCUGAUGGCUCCAUCUCUAUCAUAAGCAGUUCAGGUGAUGGGCAAUGGGAAACAACAAAAAUAAAUAAUGCACACACAAUUGGUUGCAAUGCUGUUAGCUGGGCUCCCUCAGCCUACCCAGGGUCAUUAUUGGAGGGGCCUGGGGCAAAGUCAGAUCCUUCAGUGAAAAGAUUUGUCACAGGGGGAUGUGAUAAUUUGGUAAAAGUAUGGAAAGAAGUUGAUGGCCAGUGGGAAGAGGAGGAAAAACUAGAAGCACAUAGUGACUGGGUCAGAGAUGUUGCUUGGGCACCUAAUGUUGGUCUCCCUAUUAGCACCAUAGCGACAUGCUCUCAGGAUUGUCGUGUUGUAAUCUGGACAAAGGAUGAAAUUAAUGGAGGAACAUGGGCUUCUAAGGUUGUAAAGAAGUUUGGGGAUGUUGUGUGGCAUGUCAGUUGGUCAGUCACUGGCAGUAUUUUAGCUGUAUCUGGAGGAGAUAACAAGGUGAGCUUAUGGAAGGAGUCUUUGGAGGGGCAGUGGGUCUGUGUGAGUGAUGUGUACAAAGGUCAAGGGCAGGAGCCACAGUGAUGUCACAGUGAUGUCACAUAGCCAUAUUUAGACAAAAAACUUUUUUAAAUAUCUAGAGAAAAAAUGUAAGAUACAUCUGCAUCAAGGAACAUGGAGUUGAGAAUGGAUUGGAAGAUCUUUUGGUCAGGAUCUAUGUUUAAUGUGGAACACAGCACUACAUGCUUUUUCCUGGUGUUUUGGCAGCAAUUGACAGCUCUGUCAUCGCUUGUAAAGUUCUGUGUUUGUGGGCAGUGGUUAAUGUUGAUGUUGUCAAAAUUUUGGUUAAAGUAGGAAAAGAAGGUCCAGUUUCUACAUUCCUUUCCUUCUGGUCACUUUUAAUCUGUCGAAUUGACUUACUCUGUUCAUGCAUAGUUUCAAUUUGCUUUGUGAUUAAACAUAUGUAUGAGUUCACAAAGUUAUUAUUGAUUUAAAUCAUGUCCGAUAUGCUCUACUAGCCUUAAGUACAAUGAACGGUAAAAGUCUUG